GGCCGUUAAAGCGGAAUUGGAGCACUAUAAUUAGGCCUUCCUUUUAGCUCCUGCGUCGCUGAAGGAGGAGGGAAAAGAUGGCGGCGGCGUUCGCCUGAGAGAAAGAGAGGAACCGAGGAAGGAAGGCAGGAAAGGCAAGGCAAGGCCUCAGCGACUGGGAGCCAUGGCGGAAGACGCCGAGUUAGAGAGGAAAGCAGUGGAAGAACUUCUAACAGAGGCCAAGCGUGGGAAAACAAGAGCAGAAACUAUGGGGGCCAUGGGCUGGAUGAAGUGUCCUCUUGCCAGCACAAAUAAAAGGUUUCUUAUUAAUACUAUCAAGAACACAUUGCACUCCUCAAAAGAGCAAGACCAGGGACAAAACCAACAGGAAGAUGAUAAGGAGUCUGAGCCAAAGCAGAGCAGGGAAGAAACCAAACCAAAGAUGCACAGGUCAUAUCCUUAUACACCCAGCUUUCGAUCUAGGAGAAGAGUAAGCUCUUCUCCUCCUAGGCACCGAAACAGGAACAGAAGGCAGAAUGCAAAGGAGAAGCAUGAAAAGCAAUCAAAUAAAUGAUAUGGAAAAGCAGGCCAUUCCAAGCCAAGUAUGUAAUUAAACAGUGAACUGUGGAGGGAAUGUUUCUUUAUCUUCAACCAGAGAGCAUUCCAUAGUACAGAUUUCUGUGUUGAUAGCAGGUUUUUAAAAGCAAACAAGCCUGCUUCUUGUAAUUAUUCUUUGGAGAGUUCUUGUGUACUUAAUAAGAAGUUGAUGGUGUAUUUGUUUUCUUCCCCACCCACAACACAUCCUUCAAGUUAAGCUUUUUUGUCCUUUCUUUGGAUGGUGGUAACAUGUUUGUGCCUGUCUUUUGGGAAACAUUAUCUUUUAGAUUAGUAUACAUGAAUGUGUAUUCCGUACAUAAUAAGUUACUUGGUUUCUAAAAAUCUUUGCUUUUUAAUUUUUUUGUUUCAUAGGUACAGAAAACCUGCUAUGUUCUGUUGCUCUCACAUAGCACAUUUUAGCAAACUCACUAGGCUCAUAACAUAUGAAUAUGGCUGACAUGCACCUGCGUAUUACAGAUUACUAAAUAAAAGCAGAUUAAUUUAAUAUGUUAGUAAACAUAUGACAGAUUUGCCCUGAUCCAGAUAGUUCACAGUGGUGCACAUGGGCAUUCUUUUAUCAUAAGGACUCAGCAUGAGUAAUAGCUUCCUAUUCACUUCAGAUUUUGAAGAAUUCAUCAGUCAUGUAAUUUGUUUAAAUGCAUAGAAUACUUUCUGACAACAAAAUAAAUUGUUGCUGCUUGGAGACUAGGAGAUUUAAAAUUGUCCUUCAUUGUUUUGUAACCCUCUAUUUAAAUAAUGAUGUCUCUUGGUCACUAUUACAAUACUGAGACAUCUUUCUCUGAAAAGCAGUAGUCUUCAGGAGUGUCAGAGAACGUUGAUCACAAGUUACCAUUUAAAUUGUGAAACAGUACUGGGAAUGGCCACUUAAAUUCUGAUCACUGUUUGGUUAACAAUUGUAUUGGUCAGGUUCUCCAUGAUUCCUUAAUCUGAUAAUUUAUCUUUGUAGUUCCUUUGUUCUGUGGAAAAAUUGACAUGUAAGUCUUUAGACAACAUUAUUUGAAUGGUUUUUCUGAGUUGAUAUUAAACCUGAGCUGUGAUACUAAAA